AUGGAUAUCUCUUUCGAUAGCAAGAUGAUCGUCACGUGCUCUGCUGACAAGACUGUCCGACUAUGGGGCCUUGACUUUGGUGACUGCCAUAAAGCAUUUUUGGCUCACGAAGACAGUGUCAUGGCGGUGGCCUUUGUUCCGACAAAUCGAGAGCAGAAUGGUCACAACUUCUUCAGCGCCAGCAAGGACAAGGUCAUCAAGUACUGGGAUGGAGACAAAUUUGAGCAGAUUCAGAAACUCAGCGGGCACCAUGGAGAAAUCUGGGCGCUCGCCAUCAGCCACGAUGGUGAAUUCAUUGUGAGCGCGAGUCACGACAAGAGCAUUCGCGUAUGGAAACAGACCGAUGAGGAGCUUUUCCUUGAGGAAGAGCGUGAGAAAGAAAUGGAGGAGGCAUACGACAGCACCCUCACUGCCUCGCUUGAGCGAGACGAAGAUAACGAAGAUGGCGAGAAGGCCGAGGCAGUGGAUGCGGGUAAGCAAACCACGACGACUCUCAUGGCAGGUGAAAAGAUCAUGGAGGCGCUUGAUCUCGGCAUGGAAGAUCUUGAAAUCAUGCGUGAAUGGCGAAAGGUUCAGGCUAGAAACCCCAAAGCUGGCGCUGCACCUCCCGACCGCAACCCUACAUACAUUGCUCUGGGUAACAUCUCAGCCGAGCAGCAUGUUUUGAACACUGUGCAGAAGAUUCCCGCUGCGGCCUUGCAAGAUGCGUUGUUGGUUUUGCCAUUCUCUAAGCUUCCUUCCCUGUUCACCUUCCUCAACAUCUGGGCCGAGCGCGAGUGGAAUGUUCCUCUGACCUGUCGCGUGCUGUUCUUCAUGCUCAAGACACACCACCGACAGAUCGUGACGAGCAAAUUGAUGCGACCCAUGCUUGACAGCAUCCGAGUGUCACUUCGCAAGGUCCUUGCUCGUCAGAAGGAUGAAAUGGGUUUCAAUUUGUCCGCUCUCCAGAUCAUCGGCACUCAGAUUCGCGAGCACAGCACGAAGGAUUACGUUGACGAGGAGGCUUUCACACCAGUGCAGGCGAAUGGUGGAACUGGCAAGAAGCGUCAAUUCCGAAACGUCGCCUAA